AGAUUUUUGAUGAAAUUGAAUAAUGAAUCAGUGUCAGUAGAAUUGAAGAAUGGCACUGUUGUUCACGGCACUAUCACAGGUGUUGAUAUGAGUAUGAAUACUCAUUUGAAAACUGUCAAGAUGACUGUUAAGAACCGCGAUCCUGUUAGCUUGGAUACCUUAAGUAUUCGCGGUAACAACAUUCGAUGCGUUAUUUUACCGGAUAGUUUACCUUUGGAUACUUUAUUGAUCGAUGAUACUCCAAAAGCAAAGAGUAGCAAGAAAAAAGAAGAUGGUGCUGGUGGACGUGGUCGUGGACGUGGAAUGGCACGAGGACGUGGACGUGGUGGACGUGGAAGA